UCAGCUUGUCUUUCCAGUUCCACUCAGAUCAUUCCUUUGAUCUGAGGGACAGGAAAUCGGUUUCUCUGGCUCCACUUCAUUCAAAAGUCAAAUACAAUAUCCCUCCGUCUCUUUGCUGACAGUUGAUAGGAAAUUCCAUGCACGUGAGAUAUUGACAUUUUUUCGGUAAUUUGUCGACCAAAACGUGUAAGUACGGUCUGAAGCAAAAACCAUAGAGAGAUCACACGAUGGCACAAUUCAGGUCCCUAGUUUUAGUGGCUCUUCUUACGUUCUCUGGAGUGGUGGUGGAUGCUCAUGGCCCCGGUGAUGACGGCUAUGUGGGAUUGAGAGAUAACUACUACAAGAGUUCAUGCAAGGACGCCGAGAAGGUCAUAAAGAAGGCCGUUCAGGCUGAACUCGCCAAGAACCUCAAGCAUGCAGCCGGUGUGCUUCGUAUGCAUUUCCAUGAUUGCUUCGUUGAGGGCUGCGAUGCUUCUGUACUGCUCGACGGGCCUGAUACCGAAAAGACGGCUCUUGUUAACGAGAAGCUCGCAGGAUAUGAAGUGAUCGACGCUGCCAAAGCUGCCGUGGAAGAAAUCUGUCCUGGCGUCGUUUCAUGCGCCGACAUCCUUGCGUAUGCAGCUCGCGACAGCACAGUCGAGCUGAACGGCACAGCCUGGGCCGUGCAAGGUGGAAGAAAGGAUGGCACUGUUUCCCUGGCUUCCAGAGCCGAAGCCGAGCUGCCACCGCCGGAGUUCGAGGUGUCUCAGCUCAUAGAUUCUUUUGCUCGGAGGGGAUUAUCGGCCAAGCAGAUGGUGGUCCUAUCCGGCUCGCACACCGUGGGAGUGGGACACUGCGACAAAUUCGUUUCGCGCCUCUACAACUUCAACUCAACCUUCUUCACGGAUCCCUCGAUCGACCCUGCAUACGCCACGGAGCUCAAGAACAUUUGUCCCCAGCACACUUUCAACACCACCAUCGAGGUGUUCAUGGAUGUUAUCACCCCCACAUCUGCAGGCGUGUUCGAGGCCAACUACUACAAGACGCUGCAGGAGCACAAGGGCCUCUUCACAUCGGACCAGUCGCUUUUCGACGAUUCGCGCACAAGGGCCGUGGUGACAUCGCUGCUGAAUAAUCGUCGAUUCCAGAAGGAGUUCGGAAAGGCUAUGCGCGCUAUGGGAAGAGUAGGAGUCAAGACCGAGGGCCAGAUUCGCACCAACUGCAGUGCCGUGAACGCAUAGUAGAUGAUGCCGAGUAGCUGUUGUUGAGACUUGAGGAGAAGUUGACUUCGACUCCUCUGUGCGCUAUUGAUUUGCGCUAUUGAUUUGAGCUAGGCCGUGUGCUAUCCCAUUUCAUGUCUAUAAAUUCUUCAAUAAUGAUUCAAUAAAACGUUCCGGUUUUCCGUCUAUCAGGAGAGCGAAUCU